AUGGCCUCCGACCUAGACUUCUCACCUCCUGAGGUGCCCGAGCCUACCUUCCUGGAGAACCUUCUACGGUAUGGACUCUUCCUGGGGGCCAUCUUCCAGCUCAUCUGUGUGCUGGCUAUCAUCGUACCCAUUCCCAAGUCCCACGAGGUGGAGGCAGAACCUUCUGAACCCCGAGGUGCAGAGGUGACAAAGAAGCCCAAGGCUGCUGUUCCUUCUGCCAACAAGAGACCCAAGAAGGAGACCAAGAAGAAGCGGUUAGAAGUGGAGGAGCCAGGCAGGCCUUGGGGGCAGCCACCCAGGAAUCAACAUCCUGUUUCCUUUCUCCAUCCAGGCUCAGGGUCCUGGUUUCAAGUCCAGGGUACUGAAAGGCCCCAUGAGCAAGUCCUGCACUGAGAGGGUUGCUCAGAAGUGGGGCAGCUCACAGCUACGUUUCCUACGUAAUCACUGGGCCAGGCAGUAGUCCCCCCCGCUGUGGAUUCGCACUGUGUUUUGGAGUCAUUAUCUAAUGUGGACACGCACACCCCUCUCCCACUGCUUGUGAACUGCAGAUCUCCUCCUGCUUACUCAGCAUCUUCGUCUCUGCUCUGUAGGUGGAGCCAGGGUCUCACCUGUGUGCUCAGGUCAGGACACUGUGGUCUUGCAAUGAUAGUCUCUCAUUAGCUGCAACAACCAGUUCCAAAAGAUGGCUGGUGUAAGAGCCACCAGAAGGCUUGGACCUGAGGAACACCUGGGUUCUCCUCUAGCACAUGGAACGGACUUGGCUAAGUGAGUGCAAUACUCUGAGCUCCUGAAAUAGCCGCCUUGUCAAUUUCAGUCCAACCUCUUUUCAGCCCUUCCUAACACAUUCAAGGUGUGCCUUUGCUUCUACCUGCAUAUCCCCCUCCACUCAGUCUUUCUUCCCUGACCAUUAAGGAAAUGUUAUUUGGGGAAGUAAAGGUCAAUAAACUGCCCUGCAUGCUGAAU